AUUCAUUAUUAAAGUUUAGCGUGUUCAGUAGCAUUGUAACAAAUGCAAAAGUUAUUAAACAAUUAUCAAUACAUUUUUAAUCAUUACUAAAAUCGCCUCAAAAUGUUGGUCUUAUUCGAAACUCCGGCGGGAUAUGCAAUAUUUAAGUUACUUGAUGAACAAAAAUUGGCAGAAGUAGAGAAUCUAUAUCAUGAUUUUGAGACACCAGAAGCGGCUAGUCAAAUAGUCAAACUAAAACACUUUGAAAAGUUUGCGGAUACUACUGAAGCUCUUGCUGCUACUACAGCUGCUGUAGAGGGUAAACUUUGUAAAUCUCUGAAGAAAAUUCUUAAAAAGCAUUGCAGUGAACUUCAGGAGCAAUUAGCUGUAGCCGAUACAAAGUUAGGUAAUGCCAUAAAGGACAAACUUAGCUUAUCAUGUGUAAGCAACACUGCUAUACAGGAAUUAAUGAGAUGCAUACGAAGUCAGAUUGACAGCUUAUUAGCUGGUCUUCCAAAAAAAGAAAUGACAGCAAUGGCAUUAGGUUUAGCACAUAGUCUUUCUAGGUAUAAACUGAAAUUUUCACCUGAUAAAAUUGAUACUAUGAUUAUACAAGCUGUUUGUCUAUUAGAUGACUUAGACAAAGAAUUAAAUAAUUAUGUUAUGCGUUGUCGUGAGUGGUAUGGCUGGCAUUUUCCAGAACUUGGGAAAAUCAUUACAGACAAUAUUGCAUUUGUAAAAACUGUAAAAAUAAUCGGGACUAGAGAAAAUGCUAUAAAUUCAGAUUUAUCUGAUAUAUUGCCAGAAGAUGUAGAGGAGAAAGUAAAAGAAGCUGCUGAAAUAUCUAUGGGCACUGAAAUUUCUGAGGAUGAUAUUUUAAAUAUUCAAUAUUUAUGUGAUCAGGUUAUUGAAAUUUCUCAAUAUAGAACACAGUUGUAUGAUUAUCUCAAAGCAAGGAUGAUGGCAAUGGCACCAAAUUUAACUGUACUUGUUGGAGAAUUAGUAGGAGCUCGCUUGAUUUCACAUGCAGGAUCUUUAAUUAAUCUUGCUAAACAUCCAGCAUCUACUGUACAAAUACUUGGUGCAGAAAAGGCCCUUUUCCGUGCAUUAAAAACUAAGAAAGAUACUCCAAAAUAUGGUUUAAUUUAUCAUGCACAACUUGUUGGGCAGUCUUCUGCAAAAAAUAAAGGAAAGAUGUCUCGAAUGUUGGCUGCAAAAGCUUCCUUAGCAACUAGGGUAGAUGCAUUAGGAGAAGGUGAAAACUUUGACCUGGGUGCAGAACAUAAAGCUAAACUAGAAGCACGUUUGAGGAUAUUAGAAGAAGGCAAUCUUCGCAGAAUUAGUGGAACAGGAAAAGCAAAAGCAAAAUUCGAGAAAUAUCACGCUAAAAGUGAAUAUAUGCAAUACCCUGCUACUGCUGAUACAACACUUUAUGGUGCAAAAAGACGACAUUCUGAAAUUGAAGAUAAGAAGCCAUUAAUUGAAGAAAUUCCUAGUAAAGAUGAUGAAAUGCCAAAGAAAAAGAAAAAAAAAUCAGUUGAAGAAGAUGUAGAAGAACCAUCAAUUCAACAAGAAAUUGAAGCAGAACCUGAAGAAGAAGCUACACCAGUAUCAAAAAAGAAAAAGAAGAAAUUAAAAUUGGAAGGAAGUGGAGAUAAAACUGAGGCUACUACUAGUAGGGAUGAAGAAGUAGAAGUUCCUACAAUUACUAAAGAUGAACCUGAAACAUCAGAGGGACAAACAAAGAAGAAGAAGAAAAAGAAAAAUAAACAGGAGCUACAAGAUGUAAGUGUUGGAGAGAUUCAAGAAAGUGUACCUCAAACUGAAGAACACAGUGAACAAGUUACGACUGAAAAGAAAAAGAAAAAGAAAAAAAAGUCUCAAGAUGAAUGAAA